GCGGAGCCAUGUGGACAAACAAUAUAAUAGCAUAGCAUAGGGACAUGACGACGAGCUGUGCGGCAUCUUCGAUCGUGUCACCACUGGCGAUGGACAUGGCGGCGAGCGGCGCGCUCCCCGUGGUGGACCUGGCGCCGUUCUUCACGGACGGCGACGAGGGCGGCGCUUCCCGCGCCAGAGCCACCGAAGCCGUGCGCCAGGCGUGCCGGACGCAUGGCUUCUUCCGCGUCGUCAACCACGGCGUGCCGGCACACCUCAUGGCGCGCGCGCUCGAGCUGUCGUCCGCUUUCUUCGCGCUGCCGGACGACGACAAGGCCAGGGCUCGGGCGCCCGAGGGCUCCGAAGCACCGCUCCCCGCGGGCUACGCGCGGCAGCCGGCGCACUCGGCGGACAAGAACGAGUACCUCCUGGUGUUUGGUCCCAAGCUUGGGUUCAACGUGUACCCCGCCGAGCCAUCAGGAUUCAGAGAGGCAGUGGAGGAGUGCUACACCAAGCUCACCGAGCUGGGGCUGCUCGUGCAGGAGGUCCUGAACGAGUGCAUGGACCUCCCGCCGGGCUUCCUCACGGACUACAACAGCGACCGCAGCUUCGACUUCUUGGCGGCGUUGCGCUACUUCCCGGCGACGGAGGAGGAGGACAACGGCAUCAGCGCGCACGAGGACGGGAACUGCAUCACCUUCGUCAUCCAGGACGGCGUCGGGGGCCUCGAGGUCCUCAACGACGACGGCGACUGGGUCCCGGCGGAGCCCGUCGAGGGCAGCAUCAUCGUCAACCUAGGCGACGUCAUACAGGUGCUGAGUAACAACAAGCUCAAGAGCGCGACGCACCGGGUGGUGAGGAAGCCCGUGCACAGGCACUCGUUCGUGUUCUUCUUCAACAUCCACGGGGCCAAGUGGAUCGAGCCGCUGCCGGAGUUCACGGCCAAGAUCGGCGAAGCGGCGCGGUACAGAGGGUUCGUGUACAACGAGUACAUGCAGCUGCGGAUGAGGAACAAGACCCAUCCACCGGCGAGGCCCGAGGACGUCGUCCACAUAACCCACUACGCCAUCUAGCUUGCUAGGCGCAGAAACUGCAUAAACAAGCAACCUGCACACAAAUGGCUGUGUCUACUCUUGUUAAGAUUGUUGUAGUCUGGCCAUCGCACGCACCAUGCUUGCUAUCAUUAAAAUCGAGAUUAAAUAAACAACAAAUCCAGCU